AUGUCAUCAAACGAUAAGAAACAAUCCGGUGUAGCCCGUCUAUUGGGUUCAGCCUCAGCAGGGAUUUUAGAAAUUGGUGUUUUCCACCCGGUGGAUACUAUUUCUAAGAGAUUGAUGUCAAAUCAUACCAAGAUUGUCUCCGGUAAAGAAUUAAACAAAGUUAUCUUCCGUGAUCAUUUCAGUGAACCAUUAGGAAAGAGAUUAUUUACUUUGUUCCCAGGGUUAGGUUAUGCUGCCUCUUACAAGGUGUUACAAAGAGUUUACAAGUAUGGGGGUCAACCGUUUGCUAACGAAUUUUUGAACAAACAUUAUAAGAAAGAUUUUGAUAAUGCAUUUGGAGAAAAGACGGGUAAAGCUUUAAGAUCUGCCACUGCUGGUUCUAUUAUUGGUAUUGGUGAGAUUAUAUUGUUACCAUUAGAUGUUCUUAAGAUCAAGAGACAAACAAACCCAGAAGCUUUUAAAGGCAGAGGGUUUGUCAAGAUUUUGAAAGAUGAGGGUUUGUUUAAUCUGUACAGAGGUUGGGGUUGGACUGCUGCUAGAAAUGCACCAGGUUCGUUCGCCCUAUUUGGUGGUAAUGCAUUUGCCAAAGAAUAUAUUUUAGGAUUGAAAGAUUAUUCUGAAGCAACAUGGACACAAAAUUUUAUUUCUUCUAUUGUUGGGGCAAGUUCUUCUUUGAUUGUUUCAGCCCCAUUGGAUGUUAUUAAGACAAGAAUUCAAAAUAGAAGUUUUGAUAAUCCAGAGAGCGGAUUAAAGAUUGUCAAGAACACAUUUAAGAAUGAAGGUUUUACAGCAUUUUUCAAAGGUUUGACACCAAAGUUACUAACAACUGGUCCAAAAUUAGUCUUUUCGUUUGCCUUAGCACAAUCUUUAAUUCCAAAGUUCGAUCAAUUACUAAGCAAAUAA